AUGCCGACUUUGCAUAAUGUUGAAGAAACAUUAGAGUCGAAAGCUCGUUCUGCAUUUGAGAAUUUUUUGUCUUCCAACUUGCCGAUUGACAUUCGUCUAAAAAAUGCAGAAGAUCUAGGUGAAAUACUUGAGCGAGAAAAUGAAGAGAUUGCCAUUGGCGUUAUUAAAUUAAUAAUUGAGUUUCACAAGGCGAAUCGACCUCAGUUUAUACCAGAUGUUAUCACAUUCCUCGUCUUUAUUCGUCAAGUUUAUCGAAAUCUCAAGGCACACAUCUGUAAUAUCUUCAAAACCGAAGAGGUCUAUGAAGUUAACAGUCUUGUGGACUUGAGAAAAAGCAAUCUUAACCUUGAGUCCUGUUCAGUCAUUACGGUUAAAACUAAAGAGAGCGGACCUAAUAAAAUUUAUCAUCUUAUCCCUAAAUCAUCCCUGUCUCUCAAAGUUAUGUCUGAGGUCCCAAUUUUGAUUGUCCUUUUCUAUCAGUUGUACAAGCCACAAAUUCUAGACUCUUUAGUGGAAAUUAUGCCUCUCAUUAUGGAUUUUAUUAAUAUGCGUCCUCUCUCCGAACCCACGCGCGCACAGUGUUGCAUGGAUAGUCGAUAUCUGGAUUUUAUGGCUGCUCAAGUCAAGACGCUUUCCUUUCUGGCUUAUAUCGUGAAAUAUCAUCAAGGGAACACACCAAACACCCCUGAGCCACUACAUCCCUGUAUCGAGUCUCAUUACCUGUCGAUCGUGAAGGGAAUAAUGAACCUUAUGAUUACUUGUCCAUCCACUGCGACAAAUUUGCGCAAGGAAUUCUUCAUUGCCACUCGUCACAUUCUAAACUUCCCGGAUAUCCGGCCCAAAUUUCUCCACGUUAUUGAUGAUAUGAUGGAUGACAGUGUUCUUGUUGGCGAAGGAUUCUAUUUUAGAGAAUCACUCAGGCCUCUAUCCUACAGUAUGCUGGGCGACUUACUGCACCAUAUCCGCAACGAUCUUUCCCUCACAAGAGUUUCACGAGCAGUGGAUCUUUUUGGCAAGAAUCUAUUUGAUGAAACCCUGCCGUUCUCCAUUCAAAUGAUGUGUCAAAGGGUCAUUCUCAACCUUGCUGAUUGUAUGCGCAUUCGUGUUAUGGAAAAGGAUCACUCGAAAACACUCCCGAAUUACCCGAGCGUUCGUCGGCUUUUCUUUCAGAUUCUCUACAUUUGUGUACAAAAAUGCCGCAUUUUCGCAGAGUGCUAUAUUCCGGAAUUGGAAGCCAAAUGUAUACGUGAGGAUGGAGACAUUUCUCUCGAGCCCAAAAACGAUGAAGACGAAUUCGACUUUGAAAACGGUUCUAAACGAUCCAACGCAAUAUAUUCCAUUGCCUAUACCUUUGUGACUCUUAAUGGUUUUACAUUCUUUUCAUUUCAGUCUCCUUUUAUCGAAACAUUCAGCCCGAAUCAAAUGAGUGUGAACGAGAUGAAGUCGACAAUUAAAGUUCUAGUUUCGGGAAUUCGAAGUGUUGUUGUUACCCUAACGCACUGUCCUCAUACUUCUGACCCUUCUUCCCGUUCCGAUGAAGAUGCUUCUGUCACCAAUUCACUUACUCCUAGUCAUCUCACUCCAGGUGAAGUCCAAAUCCUUUCUGACUACCUCGUAUGUGGUCUCAAGCUGCUGGACAUCUUUAGAAUUGUGUCAAAAGACGGUGUCCUCUAUCUUAGAGGCAUUAACUCAGGUGUGAAGUAUCCGGAGGAACGCAGUGUCUUGGAGAAUCUGGCUAACACCUUUGUGCCUCUUAGUGCGACUUCUUUUAAGGAGAUUUUUACUCCCAUGAUAGGCUUCAUUGUAGAUUGGUGUCGCAAGAGUCCACUCUUCUAUGCACAUUUCGCCUACCACAUUCUCUCACAAACCGUUCAAACUUCAACCUUCGGGCGUAUUCUUCUCUCAUAUCUCGUCGAGCGGCUCGAUAAGAUAGGCGACGGAAAUGAUGUAUCAUUCACUUAUAUGCGGCUCCUCAAAUUCUGCUUCAAUUCGGUCAAUCUACCCAAUUGUGAUAAUGAACAAGUCAUGAAGUUGCACCUACGGAAGAUAGUACAAGGAAGUAUGCAGUGUUGCUUAGAGGCUCGUGAACCGAUCUCAUAUCUAUCUCUCCUUCGUGCUCUCUUUCGAUCAAUUGGCGGAGGAGCACAUGACCGUCUAUACAAGGAGUUUUUCCCCCUUCUGCCUGAAAUGCUAACCACAUUAAAUAGACUUCUGCGCAGUGCCCAUCGUACGCAUGCUAGAGACCUUCUAGGUGAACUUUGUGUAAUUGUGCCUGUUCGCUUGUCAACACUUCUACCCUAUCUCUCCUUAUUAAUGGAGCCUCUCACUUAUGUCAUCAACUGCAAUACUGUCAAUCAGGGUCUUCGAACCCUUGAGCUCUGUGUGGACAAUAUGCAACCUGACUUCCUCUACCAACAUCUCUACCAAGUUCGCGGUGAUAUGCUUCUGGGACUCUACACUUCCCUUCACUCACAGAGCGAAUAUGUUCAGAAGAUGGCAUUCAAGGUUCUGGGGAAAUUAGGUCGUUUCAAUCGAGCAGAUAUUUCGGAUGUCCAGCGCCUUAAUUUGAGUGUUAAUUGUGGAGAGAGUGGGCCUCUUCUUCGGUUCUGGUUGCACGAGUUCCCUUAUCACCCUGUCGAUCUACCUAUUCGUAGCCUCGUUGACUUUUCGGUUGAAAUUCUCCAAGAGCCCACUGUUGAUCACUUGAGCAGAAUUCGGGCUUGGCAGUUCUUGCGCGGCGUCUGCAUUUCUUCACUUAAUGUUCAUACCCCCUCCAGAAAUCAAAGUGGAUAUCUUGCCUAUGAAUUCAUGAAUCAUUUAAGCCCCUAUCCAUUGGGUAUACUCCGCGAAGUUAUUAUGAAAUUAGAUUCCCACUUGCCAUUCCAUGAUGAUAAGCCAAGUAUCUACCACCUUGUGGCGGUUCGAGUUAUCGGUGGUAUUUUCCUCUCAACCUCGGUCAAUCCUGAAAUCCCCGAUUCUGGUGCCUUCAUGACGUUCCUUGUUCGUCAUUUGACCCUUCUGGGUCUAUUGGAAGAAAGAAAAGCUACCCAACCGGUGAUUUCAGCUUCUCCAAACUCAUCGACUUCUGAUGUUAGAAUACCUCUUGACUCGCGAGUUUUGAUUGAAGCUGUCUGCUUUAUAAUGGGUUACGAGGAUAAAGACCUGGUUCGAACCGGUUGCAUUAUAAUGGAUGAGAUUUUCAGUACAGCAACAACGGCUAUUGAAGCUGUGCUAAGUCAAGAUGGCUCCAUUCAAGCAUCUGUUAGUGAUAUUCUUCCGCGUCUUCCGAUGAUGCAAUACUUUGCAAAAGCUAUUACUGACAUGCUGUAUCAUCCGGCUUGGUAUGUGAAAUGGGGAGCCUGUUGCACUCUUCUUCACCUCAGAGGUCGAAUAUCUGUGAGCUGGUUUAGAGAGCAUUUGGUAACUUUUUUGCGUGGUUUACUGCAUUGUCUCCAUGAUCUAACCAAUCAGAUGGGGCAAGGAGCUCUUUCUUUAGCUCAAAAUUGCUUAAAGUCUUUGAUCGAGUUUGUUUUAUCAAAUGAGACUUCCCGAUACACUCAGGAGUCAUCUCAACAGUCUGGAGUAAUUGAAGAGGAGCCUUCAUCCUUCCAACAUAGCGGUAAACGAUCGGCCGCUACUCGUCGUAAAUCAGUUGCCCCCGCAAAUAAACGUGGAGGUACCUCAAAAAGAAAAUCAGCUAUACGAGACAAAGAGGCCGAUUCCCCUAUCUAUGAUUAUAUGGAAGAUAAGGACAUUCCUGAAAUUACCCCAAUACUCCCUGGAUCUCUACCUUUAGAUAUCAUUUCACAGACACCACUAAUUAAUGCCGUUUUGAAUGAGUUGGUAGAGUCCCUACUGAGUGAAACAAAGAUUGUGCGAAGUCAAGUUCGAAAUCUACUUUCUGUGAUAGCCGAAUGCCUCUCAAUACCUUUGGGUACUCUUUUAAAGCCUCAUAUCCAUCGAAUUGAUGGUUGGUUGCCUCCUAAGAAUCGCAAUCAUAGACUCUCUUGUCUGCCAAUAUCAACACAAAUCGCGGUUCUUGAGACAAACUACUUCUUGUGUCAAGAAAUUCCGCAUGGUGCUGGUCUCUUGCACUACUCCCCUUCUAACCGUCGAUGUGACAAUCGUUUUCUUGCUGAUAUUCGAGCUAUUAUGGAGGCACCCCUGCCUAGCUCAGCAGAUAUUCCCUCGAAAAGCACAUCAGUUAAGGGCCUCACACCUCCCCAAAAUAUUUGUUCUUCUCUUCAACUUCAAAUGGUUGUAAAUUUGAAAAUAGUUGCUGCUCAGGUCCUCUCUACAAUGCACUACCUUGAUGCUCAAAAGGCAACUAUUCUUGGGGCACUGUUUAAGGGUAUCUGCUCAGAAGACGCAACCAUCCACAAGUCUGUGUUUGAGAGUACUAAGGUGUUUGUAGAGCACUCUACCAUAGACAUGGAGUUACGAAACACCCUUGUGCGACCUAUUUUGCCCAAUUUCCGUCAAACUAGUAAUAUUCGUUUGGCCUCUAUUCGUCAAUUGGCCUACUGUGCUGAGCUCUUUCCGAGCACUUUUAGUGAACGCUUCUGUGAAACUAUUGACAGCAUCCUGGUGAAUUUUGUGAGCAAAAGCGGCCUAGACACUCCUCCGCAAAACCUGGAGAUGUUGUCAGCGCUCAUGGAACUCUUUCCGCUUAUCCCACUGGCUAAGGACAAGUAUGUUCAUUCUCUCCUCAGUAUGGUGAUCAAAGUUGAAAAGCAACUCUCCAUUGAAAAGACUAGCCCCUUGCGUCUACCACUUGUCAGAUUCCUUGUGCGCUAUCCGAAAAAGGCUUUCGAAGUUGUCUUGAAUGGAUUUUCUAGGCCUGAUGAUACCCAUGCACAAAGGAUAAUUUUGCAUUUAGUGACACUUCCGGAGGGCAAGCCACUAUUGGACUAUCUCAUUGAGAACAACUCAAUUUUAAUUGACUUUAUUCGUCCUCAGGAUACUGAACCCCCAAUGGUAUACGAAACCACGGCUUUUUUCCUACCCAAAUUCAAUGGACCUCUUACGAAAGCAUCAACUUUUCACCUUGGGUUGCGUCUCGUUCACAUUCUUUUUAACCAUUGCCGUGAAUGGUUCCUUUCAAUCAUCCCUUCUGGCGAUCAGAGUAUCCUUUCUUGCUCUGCUGAUGACUAUCCACUUCUGCGGGUGCUACUCGAUAUCUGGAACUCAGCUUUUUUCUGGCGUCGCCACUCCUAUUUCACUGUGGUUAAGUUACAAGAACUUCAGCCCAAUGUUGCGCUUAGUCUUCUCUUGGAAGACACUGGAGAUGAAGGAAAGAGAAUUAUUCCUUCCACUUCGUCUGCUUCUAUGACUUCAGCUUCGCAAAGUGAGACACUGGAGAAUUUAGCAAUGUCCAGAGUGCAAAUUUAUGAAGGCAUCACUAAUUUAAGCCACGUUGUUGAACCCUCUGCGCUCCUUGAGAUUCUGAUGACUUGUGCGGAAACUCGACGGAAUGAUUUUGACCUUCUAUUUAGCAUAGUUGCUGGGAUGUCGCGUCAUCAUUGUGUGGGACAGAAUCCCCUUUCAAGAUUUAUUCAACGUCUUGCUAAAGAGGCCUCGGUGUCUUGGUGUCGAGAGAUCUUCUUAUACUUUGUCGCUCUCAUGAAGAAACGCAUAGAAGCUUCAGAUAUUAGUGCUGCUAAAACUCCCAGUAGGAAGAAGCAUCAGACACCAAAUGAUUUAACAUCGAAUCGUCAAGGUAUCUCAACUUCAGUGUCACAAUAUCUCGAAACAUCUGAAGCACAUGCUAAGCUUUUGGCCAAUUUCAUCACACCUUGCCUGUUUCAAGCCCUUCAAACAGAUCCAGCUGGACUUAUUGCACUCGGCAGCCCCCCUAAACCUGAUGAACCUAAUUCUGAGGAUCUUGUACAUAUUCUCGUCGAUUUGAUGUCUAAGGACCAGGAUGCUAAAAAGUCUACAGGUCUGAGAAUAAUGUAUUAUCAAAUCGCCUCCCUUUUCGUGUACUAUGCUCCUGCGUAUGUGCAGGAUGCUUCAUCAAAUGUGAAAAGCUAUCGUUUUAAGGAGAUCACUGACCAAGUGCAGCAUUGUAUUACCAGUAGUAUGGGUGUAGUUGAUCUUCAAGAGAAGUAUAUGGGCCUGCAGGUUAUUGCCAACACAAUCUUUCACUUCUACCCUCUAAUGGGCCAUCUGUCAGGCGACGUGUUCCAGGCACUCACGAAAGGUCCUCAAACUGAAGUGAGAAAGAUGGUCAACCCCGCAAUUGAUGUUCUACUUCCUGUUUGGGUUACUGGACCAAAUGAGCAGCGGGAACUGGCGUCGAUUUUGAAGAAAGCUAUGCAGGAUGAUCAAAGUGUCCAAUCUGUUUCUCACUUUCUUGGCAUAGUUUUGAGACACCCCAAUCUGUUCUAUCCCGUCAGGCAUACUCUUAUCAACGCUCUCAUAAUUACCAUCAAUCGUCUUACAACCCAAACGCUCCCAAUUGACCAAAGACGGAUGAUUUUGUCCAUAAUUGAAGUCGUCGUGAAAUGGGACAUGCGAUGCCUUUCGGAACAGAAGGAGUAUCUUGAACAACAAAUGAGCCAAGAUCCUUCUGAUUCAUCUCUUUCUGAGCGGGAGUUCGCUCUCAUGGAAAAGCCCAUUCGUGAUCAAAUGUGCACUUUCUUGGUUCGUUACGCUUGCCAGUGCAUGGAACCCACUCCAAACGGACCUACUACAGAGUCCUCAGCGAAGAAAUCCCUCUCUUUGAUUGAAACCGUAAUGGCAAGCGAUGUUUGGGGUGGCCCUACUUGUGAUUUGCGCUUGGGUUUCAUCGAUAGAAAUCUCUCCUACGACGAGUCUCCUGUUCAAGUCAACCCACAACAACAGCAGCCAGUUCAAGUUGUCCUGCCUCCUAUUAUUUUUAUGACUAUCGAGGUUCUCCGUACUGUCUACUCCACUCUUGAUAGCCCGACUCUAUUUGCAAACAUUAAACACUUUAGUAGGGCUCUCCUCAAUCUCCUCUCGCGCUAUCCACUUAAUUUCCGUUUGGUUCGAGUAUCGGCUGGUCUUAUCAAGGCUCUAUUGACUAAAUAUCCACCUGAACCUGCUCAUAGACAAAAAAUAACUAACUACCCAGAGCUCAUCGAUCUAUAUGAACAUGUCAUUAAAUUCAUUCAUGAGGCAAUCACUGCUUAUACGGACAGUACCACUCGAACGCCCGGUCUAAUUCCUCGUCUACAGUCGGCUUUCUGUCUCCUCACCACCACACAGCAGGUGCAGAUAAAUCCUUAUGCCUUUGUUGAUCGUUGUCUUUCUCCGUUGGUGAAGCUCUUCCAUCGAUUAGUAAUCGAUGUCGUCGGACAAACUUCUGGCAAUUCAGCUCAGGAUUCGACUAUUUUGAGUCACUUAACCGAGAUUGUGAUUCAAACAUUGGACGUACUCAAAUCACGUCUGAAUGUCCUCAACGCUGAUGUGCGAAAAAAUUCCUUCGGACCGGACUUCAUGAUGAUUCUGGAGAGAUCGCGUGAUGCUAAACUUUUCAGAGCUGCGGUUCGAAUCCUAAGGGAUUGGGUGAAUCUGCCUAAAGCAGAGGAACACUUUGCUCCCUCUGUACGCGAGAAAGUGGCCUUCUUCAUUCGUCUCUGGAAUGCUUAUCCUCGUUGGUCCGAGCAUACUGAUGUGGCUCGUGAGAUACUUGAUUGCAUCUAUCAGGUGUAUAUCAACGUGAACAACAAAUCCUUCGAAUUGUUUACAAAGAUGACGCAGGCUUUCUGUUGUGCAAUGCUUAGCCCACUUCCAGAUAUUCGUGAGAAGUUUUUAAAUCGCUUCCUUUUCGGGUCAGAUAUUACGUCGGUGGAUUUCUAUACUGAUAAUUGUGAGAUGACGGAUUCGAAACCUCCCCAUACACCAACGGCAGCUAAAAGUGAACUCUUUGUUCGACUUCUCUUCCUAUUGGAAUCGUGUCCGUGGGAUAAUCAAUAUUAUAAAGAUGGGUUCUGGUUGCCCAUAUUCUUUGAUGUUCUUCUUUGCGAUGUUGACUUCAACAGGCCUUCUGUGAUUGCUCAAACAGAGGCUCGAUUCUCCUCAUUUCCAUCUGAAAAUGUGCCUAAGUCUUCUGUUGCACCCAUGCCCCUCAAAAUCUCCGAUCUUUUUGAUACCACCGAUUUGAAACCAGAAGAAUUGGCUGAACCAUCACAUGAGGAUGUUAUAAUAUCUCAUAGGUCCCAGAAAACCUUUGAACUAUUGAUGAAUCAGCAAGCAGACGCUUUCAACGAUAUCAAAAAGUCAUCACUUAAAGAAACUCUUCGCGGUUUCCUCAACCUCGUUCACUUACGACCUGCCAUCGCUAAUCAGCUGUUUGGCCAACUGUGGCAUUGUCUUUGGCAUCGAUUCCUUGUUCGUGAAUCGUGCAACCGUUUGCCUUAUUCCAAUGUCACAGAACAUCCUGAUGUUGCGGCCAAUCCUACUGACACGGCACUGGUACCAUUACUAAAUACUACUAUCAAUGGAAACCCCGAUGCAAGAAAUUCCAUUGAAAGACGGAUAGAUCUCGUGAAAUUCAUUAAUCAGUUCAUCACAUCAGAUGCCCAUGUCAGUAUAAAUGGAGGAGUUCCUAGUUCAUUGGGCUUUGCUGUUGCAAGUUUUGGAACUACUACAGAUUAUCUACUUUCUGCUCUACCUAAUGGUGUUUUGAUGUACAUCGCAAACGACUUUAACCAAUGGUACAAUAUGGUUCUCUUGCUUGAAUCCCUUUGUGCCCGUGCGCAACGUGCUUUAGCGAACGGUAACUACAAUUCGCAGGUGGAUUUUGAUCUUAAUAUGACACCUACCACAAAAGCUGAUGGAAGUGUAGGAGACAUUCCUCUGGGAACUACUUCUCUUUCUCUGCUUACUCUCUAUGAUCGAAUUGGGGAGGAAGAUUAUCCGGUGGCUGCUUGGUGGCAUCGUCUCACCUCGACCUCCACUGGCAUUCAGAGAAUCAGAAAUCUUGCUCGCAGUCAACUUCUUAGAUUCCCUUUUGAGCGACAUUCUGAUAUGCUGAAUGCAGUGAUAGCUUUAUCCCAAGGCCAGUAUGUACGAGGGCUCGACGCCAUUUCCAACAUUUUAUCCGGUCGAAACUCCUCUGGUGAAUCUGCUCCAUCCUCCCCGCAAUCAUCCUCUUUUACAGAGUCCUCUGUUAGUUUCAUACAGUCGGGUGAUUCUUUGAAUAAGAGUCGAAUGUAUGACUACAGUUUGCGGGCUAUGAAGAAAUUGGGCGACUGGGAGUCUAUGGAGUCAUUGGCAUCAGCGAUCACGGGUUCAGAUGGGGCCGAACUCCUUGGUGGAUCACCACUUCUCACCACACUUCGAUGUGAAAUGGCCUGGCGCAAUCGUGACUGGUCUGACCUAAUAGCGACGUUGCCCAUUGUAGCCAAUGAAGUUCCUUUGCACGAACAGUGGCGUCUGGCCCUUAUUUCUGCUUCAAGCGCAGUUCUAGGUCGUCGAACAGCUGGAUUAACUGAAGAUCAAGGAUUAGAUAGUAGUGGUAAUGGUGCUGGAGGCGGAGCUUCUGGAGGUACAACUCCUGGCAGUUCUACAGUUGGUGUUGGUGGUGGAGCAAAUAGUGUCUCCAGUUCUGCAGCUAGUGCUGCUGGAGCUAGUUCAUUCCCCACUAACCUCCUGCAAAGUAUUGAGUCUGAGAAUGCCAGCAUUAUGAACAUCAUUAUUCGCGAAUGGAAGCGAUUGCCACUCAUUGUCACGAAUCAACAUGUUCGACUUCUCCAGGCUUGUCAACAAGCCUCUGAGAUUCACGAUGGCAAUUUCCUUCUCGUUCAACAUUCAGUUCCUUCUCUGAAUUCCGGAGCAACAUCCUCAGCAUCUGGUGCAUCUCCAAGUCGAAUUCCUAUGUCUCAGUCAAUGUAUGACUCUAAGAGCAUCUUCCGCUCUUGGCAAUCUCGCGGUCCCCUCAUUAGCGAUGACCUUUCAUUCUGGAACGACCUGCUAAUUUGGCGGCAGAUUGUUGUUGAAAGCCUAAUUAAUUCUGGUGCCUACUCACACAAGUAUACUCACGAAAGAAACACUUUGAUAGCUAGCUGUCAUCGAGAAAGAGCUAUGGCAAUGCUCCAAAUAGCCAAGGGCUUUCGUAAAAUGGGACAUCUAGGAUGCGCACAAAAUAUCCUCUCUGAUUAUAGGACCACGGGUUUGGUUCCCCUGUUCGAGAAGACUAGACAGGAGAUUAAGAUCAAAUUGGCAGACACUUCGAAGGAGUCGCGUUUGGAGGGGUGCGACCUGUUGGAAAAGACAAAUAUCCAGCAAUAUGAUAAGCGCGAGAAAGCCCUCUUCUUUGCAUACAAGGCUCUCUUCUUGUCUGGGUUCUUUAAGGGUGACGAUGCCACUAGAAACUUUGGCUAUGCCAUUCAAAUGAAUGAUAAUAUACAUCAGGUGUGGUCAAUGUUUGGAGAUUUUCUCGAGUCUGUCUACACAUCUGCUCGAACUAGUAAAAAGAAUGAAUCAAAUACUGGGACCACUGGUAUCUUUGCGAUGCAAGCCUUGAUGGAAGCAGCCACUGUAGCAGGCACCGUCCAGCGAAAAUCGCACGCCGAUUUGGCCAAGUGCAUUUGGUUGCUGACUCUCGACGACGCUGGAGACUCUUCAAGUAGUUCCAGCACAACAACCUCCCAUUCACCAACCAGUUCAGUCAGUCACUCCACAGCCUCUGGCACAUCAACAGGUUCCCAGACCCAACGCUUCGCUCGAACAUUCGAGGAGCGUGCUUCCCGUGUUCAUCCUGAUGCCUUCCUACCCUGGCUCCCGAGUCUUGCUGUCUGUCUCCUACGUCCUGAGGGUCGUUUUAUCUCUAGUGCCCUUCGUGGAAUUGCCCUUGCCUAUCCAACUGCCCUUUCCUCUAUUCUGCGGGGUCUUCAACAUCAGCUAGCAACGGAGAUGGACAGGGAUCGGCGUAUUGCUGCUGCUCUUACUGAUCUUUCACCUAACCAACGCCGGCGUUUGGAUGAAGCUUACUCGCAUUGUGUUGACCUCGCUCGCGAAGAUGCGCGCAGACGAGUUACUGGAUCAACGUCUUCUGGGACCUCGUCGAGUGGUGAUCAUUCUCAACAAUCUCAAUCUCAUCAGAAUCUUGGUGGAGGAAAGCGUAUUAAGAAACGUGUUGUGGUGGUAAUGCGUGGAGCGGAAGGUGAAAAACUCGGCGAUGGAACAGGAGUUCCAAUUUCGCAAUCUACGGAAAGUGGAAUGAAAGACCCUUCAAGUUCUGUAGUUGAAGGCCAAGAAAUGGAUGUAGAUGAAGAUGAUGGUGAUUCUGCUCAAGCUACGGUUGCAGAUGACUGCCCUACAACAGAAUUUGAUGAUGUCGGUGGUGUGCGUACAGGUUAUCUUUCUUCCUCUGUUGGCGACGGGUUACAUAGGGUGAAUCUUCUCUUUGCUCAACUCCGUCAAAGGCAUCCUGCACGUCUCUACGUUGCCGAUAAGUUUGUGGAAUUCACUGCUGGUCGACUACUGCCUAGUUGGUCAGAGAAUUUACUGUAUCAUCUACGCAAAGCGCUUGAUAAUCUUCAUCAAUUUGCUUGGGCACGUGUGUCAAGGACUGUUCGAAGACCUGCGACCUCUCUCGGCCCAUUCCAGGCUUCUAUUCAGAAUAUCACUUGCCCUCUACCCUCCUGGAUGGCUAAGGAGUUACAAGAUAUCGUUACAUAUUGUGGACUACCCCCACCUAUAGUCGCUACAGGUGAAGAUAUGCUAACAGAAGACGCUGAAAAUCGUUCUGGUUCAGCUCUUGUAUAUGUAGAUAACAUCCAACUCGCUUACACUUUGUUAGCUAAUGAGGCUGAAGCUGAUCCCUGGUUUAAACCGAUUAAAGAAGCUCUCUCCUCGUCGCUAAGCAACAUCGGAUCACUAAACAUCCUAGCUGCUAUUUCGCUGCUCUCUAAGGAGUUAAUACCUAUGGUAGAACGUAGAGUAGACAGUCUUCCCCACGUCUCCUAUCUCUCAGACCGCGGUGCUGGUAAUUUGAUUGAACUCAUCUCCUCUCUUAAUGUUCAAUCAAUCCUAAGUCCCUAUCCAAGGAGUUUCCAGAAUUCGACAACCUCUCCUUCCACGUCCGUUGUCUCAGCAGCUACACUACUUGAACUCCCAGGUGAAGCCACUCAACUGAAAUUUAUCCCCGCUCUUCAUCAAUCCGCUUACAAUCAACAAAUACAACAAAAGGAUGGCGCUCAUCACCCUCAGUCUGGUAUUUCUCCUAACCCAAUCAUAGCUGCUAAUAAUGCAGUCGCGAACGAGAGUAAUCAACCUGGACUCCUCUACUUGACAGACAUCCUUCCAACUGUGAUUCGAGUCCCCUCAGGGGGCGGUAGACGUAUAGCAUUGAGAGUGAAUAAUGGAAGAGUGUUUCACUAUGAUAUCCCCUGUUUGCCAAGGGAAAUACCUGCGGGGAGGGGAGUUUCUGUAAUGACAGCUGACCCUACUGAGGCCUGUAGUUUGUCUCCAACACUGGCUGCUUAUGAGGCUUGGCGGGAAACUUGGUGUCCACCCCAUCUUUUCCAAUUCAUCAAUUUCGUUGCCGCGAGGUCACAUGAGACUGCGAAGAGGAGAAUAAAUCUUGUCACUCCUCGGACUAUGGAUCUCGGUUCAUUCGGAAUGCGUCUCACUCAAGCAGGAAGCUCAAUUCCAGCAACCGCCCUAGUAGCCGCCAAUACUGUUGCCUUUGGCAAUCCCACAGUAACAGGUUUUGGUACCCUUAUGGCUCAACAGUUGCAUCCACAAGCUUCAACCAAUGUCAGUUCUCAAUCAACCCCGUUGACCUCCAGUCUCCUGGCUCCACCACCAGCAUCUGAAACGGUUCCAGCUGACUUCCCUCGUUUAAACGCUUUUGCUAAUCUACGAGGAAGUGAGAAGCGCCAUCAAUCCACUCAACAGGCCCCCCUACAACAAACCACCUCGAGCUUGAAUGGAAAUUCAACAGGCUAUGCAGGAAGUCGUGGAAAUGCUUUGGAAGUUUCAGGCAACCCGACAAGUAUUGACACUGGCUGCUACGCAGCCUGCAUGAGCUUAGCGUCAAUUAUCGAUUCCGAAAUUGACAAGUCUUCCGGGUCAUUCACAUCUCGAGAGCUCAUUACCGCCUUUUUCGAACGUCUCAGUGCUCUCACUCAAGUUGCUGAUCCAAAGUCCGUCAACUUAAAGGCCGCUCUAAUGAAGAUCUUUGAAGAACUUCUUCAGUUGGUUCCCCAAGGAGCUAAACUCGAUUCGCCGGCUGCCCCUUCAAUUCCAGUUAUUAGUGAUGAGUAUUCUGGCCCUGGUAGUGUGGUCCGUGUUUGGGCCUACCGCCGAAUGGCUGAUGCGGAGAGUUAUUGGCUCUUCCGAAAUGGGGUUUCAAUAUCCUGUGGUGCCGUAGCUGCUAUGGAAAUCCUCUUCUCUAUGACUCCACUCAAAGCAUCGGGUCUUAUUCUAGAUCCCCGAGUUGGGCGGGUAGAAACUCGAGGUUUUCUAUUUGACCUUUCUGCUACUCCCAAUAAUGCUCUAAACAUUCCACAACUGCAACAGAGGGAAUCGCCCUCCGCAGAUCUUAUUUCAAAAUCAUCCAUUCAGUUGGCAAACUUCUUCAGCUCUUACUUUGCUCCCUUACGAUCCCAAACACCAUUAUCUGUUGCUCCCAUUACCGGUAGAUCAACAGCCACCACCCAACCAAUUUCAAUCCCAUCUCGUCCAACUAGCCUGCGUUUAACACCCCAAAUGUCUGGUUUUAUCUGUCUGCCUGGUGUUCCUGCUACUAUUGGUCCCUUCUCCGCGGCCAUGACAAUGCUAAAUCAAGCUAUUGGACAGAAAAUUCAGAAGGUUGCGGCCUGUUUACGAACUCUUCUUCGAGACGAUUUCAUUCUCUGGCAUAGAGGAAGACAAGCGGCUGUUCACGCGAGUUUGCUUGCUGAUCUCCUCGCUAUUGAAAAUGAUGAGGAAGCUCUUAUGGCCUCAACUACCGGAUCUCCUAUCUAUGUUCCCGAUUUGUCAAAUGUUGCCCUCAUGCAUUUAAUUACCCUCUCUCUAGAAGCAUUCAGGCAUAGAAAUAAAGUACUUUCUACGGGUGACAAGGUUGUGAAUGACAUCAUCAACGCCUCGUGUUCGUAUGAAAAUCUUGCUUGUAUGGACCCCACUUGGCUUCCUUGGUAUUGA